AACCAGGAAUUGUUUCAGGAAGAAGUGGUGUGUUGGCAUUCAGGAGAGACUUGGACCAAAGUACAAUAAAACGGACAUUUCCGUCGUUCACGUACGUCAGCCAGGGGACGUGUAAUGCAGACGAACCUCGCCUAAAUAACUCGUUUUCUCCACAAACAGGAACAGUACGGUGGAGGGAGAAUGGGCAAGAAGGACGCCGGUGCCACCAAGUUACCAGUUGAUCAAUACAGAAAGCAGAUUGGUAAGCAGGACUACAAAAAGACAAAGUCUGUCUUAAAGGCGACACGGCUGAAAGCUGAAGCAAAGAAAAAUUCCUCUGGAUUUAGGGAUGCAUUCCUGGUUGUCGCAGCAAUUCUGUUCUUUGUGCUCUGCGUUUACGCCUUCUUCUACCUGAACCUGAGCACCGAGAUUAACCUGGAUGUGGACAUGGAUUAAUGAAUUGUGGACAGUAAACCAACACCUUUGGGUCCUGUUUUUAUGAGCAAAGACAAGAAUGUUUAGUAGAUAAAACCUUCGCAAAUGUGUCAGAAAUAUUUCUCAUUCAGCCCCAAAGGAAAGUUGCACUUUCUUUGGUUUGGUUAAUUUUAAAUCAUUGCUUUCCUGCCUUUUGUUGUUGUAAGUUAUCAUUGACUUAUUGUUGUAAUUCAAACAAUUAUACUUUGGAAUACAGAUGGAUCGAUCGGUCUUGUCUGGGCCAAUACUGAUUUUUUUUUUUUUUUUUGUCUUUGUUUUGGUUUAACCCACCAAUUUAGAUUUUGACCAACUCUUUUUUUAUGGUCUAAAACACACACAGGCUGAACUGUUUUGUUUCAACCGUUAAAUGUAAAAUUUUGACAUUUCAACAUUGGCCAUAAAAUAAAAAAACUUGUGUUUUUUCUUUAAGGGAGUUUUAAAUCCAACAGAAAAGAAAGGAGUAUUUUAUUUAUUUAUUGAAGUUUAUUUGAUCGGGCCAGACACACAUUGACAUAGACAUAGACCAAUUGAACAAAACAGCAGUCCCAUGUUUGCGUCAUAGUGCAAUAGCAACAGCUAAUUUGCGGCACUUGACCCUAGAUGGGCUUUUUUUUUUUUUUUAAGUACCUCUAAAAAUUAAAGUAAUAAUCAUUUAAAAUAGCACAACAUAAUGUUGACAACAUCUACAAACAAACAAACAAACAGUGAAACAUAAAACAUCAAAAAUGGGUACAAUUCUGUUUAUGCAUCAAAGGUCCUGGGAACUCCAAUCACUGGGCCGAUUGAUCGGUGCAUCACUUCUGUGAAACCACAAAGGUCAUAAAAAGCAGAAUUUUUCAUAAUUUGCCCGUUAAACCUUACAGCAAAGACAAUCAGCCUCUCUUUACACCUCACACAGUCAGGACUGAGCUGUGCCUGUCUUAUUCUGCACAGUCACGUCCCUUUGUUUUCCACCACUAAUAGAAAAAUGUAAAUCUGCUGCUGCUGCAGCUCCAGACAAACCCCUUCCUCACAUUCUAGUGCACAGAGCUCUCCUCGUAGAUAUCUUGAGAUCACAAAGUGUGAGAUUAGAAUCCGCAAAGCCCUCGUCCUGAUUGAACAUGUGUGCAGAAUACAGAACGCCACAGUGCACCUGCUGCACGCAGACAGACACAUUCAGGAGAGGCGCUGCAAAUACAAUCAGGCUCUUUCAUUUAAGUAGAAAUUAAAGGCUUAAAGAGGGGAGCAGAGAACACUGAAAUGUUCUUCCAUGUUUAUUUUGUUUUAAGAAAUAUGAAGGUUGUUCAGAAGUUUUUGUGCAACUGGACUCCAAGCUGCAAAGAGUGAUCUUCUGUCCGCAGUUUUAGCCUAAGUGCUUUUGCUCUGUGUUGUUUUUCUUGGAAAAGUUGUCUUCCUUCUUUACAUUUGUUUUAGGAACUUUUCCUCAUCACUUUUUUGUUACAAAAUACAUGAAAGGCUAUACCAAAUACACAAUCAGCCUUGUGAUAGCACUCAUUCCCAACCUUGUUUACCUUUAACUGAAUGGAGAUCUUAAAGUCUGGGUCUGAUUGUGUUCUGCUGUUGAAAUGCCUUGUGAAAUGUGAGACAGAUUUUGCAGCUUUCAGCAUAUGUUUUCUCCCACAACCUUGCGACUUCUUGUAAAAAAGACUACAUGUCAAAGAAACCAUUAUGAUUAGAACACUCGUACCCUCAACCAGGGGCUUUUAUCAUGCUUUGGUACAUCGGGACCCUCCUGCGCUGCGACUCGCUCACAUGUGUAACAAUGAAAAGUCGGGCCUAAUAGACCUUCAAACAUGACACCUGUUAUCUAAAAGCUCACCAUUACAGCUACAAGAGCUGCGACAUCAGAAAAAUGGAAAGACUUCUUUUUGUAUUGGUUCAGUUAUGUUGAAUAUUUGUGUAAUGGUUUUUACUAUUGUUAAACCCACUAGAAGGGUGCAUGAACAUUAUAGUUUUUUAAAGGGUUGUUGAAUUUGUUGAAUUUUUUUUUUUUUUCAAGAUUUCUACUGCAGAAUGUAAAUCAAUCUUUUGCUUAAUAAAAAAUGCUGCAUGAUGUUUGCAGUUUCAUAACA